ACCACGUGAGGGUUCAAUGAUCCUCUCUCCUUUCUGGGUUCUUUUUUUUUGGUUUUUGUUUAAAAUUGUUGAUCAUUACGAUUGUUUUGCAGGUUUCGAAGAUAAGGGAGAGUAUGAAAAUGAACUUGACGAUGCUGUUCGUCACUUAAGUUUUUUGUCUUCAAUUUGUAUAGAUGGGGAAUGUAGUUGGCUCAGUCCUCGGUGGAGUUUCUGAAGUUUUAGGGAAACUUUUAGGCCAUCCACUUGAUUUCCUAUCUGGCAAAUCUUGCAGUUCUAAAUGUGGACCAACAUGGGAUCUCACGUGUUAUAUAGAAAACUUCUGCAUUGCUCAAUUGCUGAAGUUGGGUUUGGUCGUAGUUCUCUUGUACUUUGUUCUCGUAUUCUUCUACUUGUCAUACAAGUUGGGUAUUUGCCAAUGCAUCUGUCAUAUCAUCUGCAGAAGCAUAUGGGCAUGCUGUGCUACCUGGUUCUCUGUGCUAGAAUUUUGUUGCACUUUCUUAUGUUCCAAGCUUGACAAGCACAACAGGAGAAGGAGAAGGCGAAGAAGAGAUAUUGAAGCAUCAGCAAUUACGAGUGAGGAUGAUCUUAAUGAUGAUGAAGAUGAUCAUGGAGGGCGUUUUACAAAUCAAGCAACAAAGCACAUCUCAAAAAGAAGAAAAUUGCUAUCUGGUCAGAAAAGACAUUAUAGAGAAGAACAUAUGAGGAGGGCGUUGAGGCCUAAUAGUCAUCGAGUACAUGUGGGAGUUAGUGAGGAAUCAUUUCGUUCAAAAAGGAGGAACUCCAGCAAGUAUCAUGAUCAUGUUAAUCCUGUUGAUCACAUUAGAGUAACUAGAACCUCAAAGUUUGCUCAAAAAAGGGGUAGCUUCAAGGGUUCAAUGCGCCAUUAGAGAAGGUAAAUAGUAGUAAAACAUAUGCAAAUGUAAAUGAAACUUAACUUACUCUGCUACAAUGCUGUAACUGUGCUUUGGAUCUCAUUUACAGAUUUUUGUAUGCUUUUCU